UUUGGAACAUAAACUGUCAGCUGAAUUCGAUAACCUGUUUGUGCUAUGGAAGUGUUUGUUUUUCGUUAACAAUUAAUAUAUCAGUGAUAUAAGGUGUACAAAUAAUUAGGACAUAAGUAUAAUCUUCGGUAGCUGCUGUAUAUUACGAUGCCAGCUAGCACCAGUACUUUUGUUAGAUCCAAGUAUGCCCAGAGAAGCCAGCAAAUGUCGCAAAUGGGAAAAGGACAGAAGAAAUCGACUGAAUGAGAGCUUUGCUGGUUUAGUGAAGGUGUUACCAUGUUAUGAUCCAUCAAAAAAUCUAAGCAAAAUUGAGAUUUUGGCCAAAGCAACCAAGUUCAUAUUGGAGCUGCAAGGAAAAGUUAAAGAACAACUAACUGCAGACACUGACAACAAACCUGAACAAGUUGAAUUGAAGCAACUUUAUCUGCGGGUUAAGCAGCUGCUUUCAAGGAAUGAACAGUUAAGCAACUUGUUGAGAGAUGCUGGAAUUACUAUACCAAAUGAGUGCGGGAGCAUCAAGAUGUGUAAACCAAAGAAGUGGGCAGGGAAGAUUAGUCAGGAGAAGGCUGAGCUCUUGGCAAAGCUGGAGGCACAGAAGGAGAAUGAGCCCAAGGAAACAAUCAAAGUGAAGAAGCCUGCAAAGAAGAUGACUAUAAAGAAGGUAAAGCCUAAGGUUAAGAAGGUUGCUGUGGAGGUUCCACCCAAACAAGUGGUUACCAUAGCGAACAUUCAGCCCUGCUAUUUCAUAGCGUCAAGUGUUGCGGGAAAAUUGACUGAAACUACCUCGGUGACUAAUUUAGUGACGGCUCCAAUAUUAUCGACGCAAGCAAAGCCAAGUAAUGUGAUAAAUAAGCCGACAAGCGGAACGUUUCCAUCCGGGACCAUCAUCUUCACCAACAACAUACAAUCCGCUCCUAUUUUGAAUCCGGCACCAAUCAUCUUAAACGCGGGACCUAGCAACGCUGUCAUUGUCGUGAAUAAGAACGAAGCACCAAAGAGCAGCGUUACCAAGGGGACUUCGGGUCCUUCGAAGACGUUGCCCGCGCUUAUGCCCAAGAGAAUUGUUACCAAGACGACGCACGUAAACAAAGUUCCUAUACCCGCUUCCAGAUAUGCUAGCAAUUACAUCUUGCUCGCGAGCAGCAGUCCACGAUUUGUGAAGACAACGAAGAGGCGGAUCAAGCGUGUAAAACCUGAGGAGCAUAAGAAGGUUGAAGGUGAUGGCGGGAGUAGUAGUAAAGGAGACGAUAAAGUUGAUCAGGGGGUUAGGGACGGUAAAAAAACUGAUUACACCAUUGAUUCGAUUUGCAAGGAGAAGGAAAAGGCAGAAGAGAUUACUCCGGCUCCGCCCACGCCACCUCCUCCAUUACUUCCAUCUCCUACUCCUCCUGCUCCUGUACUUCCACCAGAAUCUUCGCCUCCACCUGUGAAACCAACUCCACCUUCACCAGAAACAUCUCCGAAGCUCGAGACAGAAGAGAAAAAAGUUCCGGAGGAGAAACAACCGAUAAUUACGGAAACUAUAUCCGAAUUGUCAAACGAUAUAUUUGCUUCGCUGCAGGUGCCAUCGGGCAGUCAAAAUCCUGAGUCGACUUCGCCAACAGCCGCUUUCUUGAACGCAUUCCCUUUAGUCUCUUCCUUUACUGGCGUCAAAGUCUCCGAGGUGAUGGAGGAAGAAACCAGCGACAGUCCGCAUGGUACUCCGACUCUCCUGCAGAUAGGUACCAUGGAUACGGCAAAGCCCACGCAAACUACGUCUCCCAAUCUUCUGAAUUUGGAUAACUUUUCGUUCUUUACUGGUAAGGAAAUGAAUCUUUACCAAACCCUGGACAAUCUGAGUCACGCACCGGCACCGACCGCCAAUAAAAUGCAAAAAGAUUUGAUAACAAAAACUGCCAAAAUCUUAUACGAUAAUGCCAUCAGCGACACGGCCGCACCGCAGCUGGAAGUGAAGAGCAAGGCGCAGUCCGUCUUCUAUCCCGAUAAUAAUACCUAUACGGAAAGUGGCAAAGCGAAAGAGAAGACAUCCGUCUCUUGCGGCAAAUACUCCUCGUACAACAUUCCCGAGUACAACACCUUCAACCCGUUCACCGAUAUUCCUAAAGCAAACUACAGCCAACAAAAUAAAGGCUACAGCAAUUGCACCAACUACAGUUACAACGAAUUCGGUUAUAAAAAGGGGGACAAGUGUUAUUAUGAGAACAAUCAGUGUUAUGCAGCGCCUAAGCCGCCAGUUAAUUGGAUGACAACUCCGGAUGUUAAGCAGCACCUGCAGCAGCCCCAGCAGAAUCAUAACCACCAACAGAAUCACAACCAGCUACAUCAUCAACAGCAGCAACCACAGCAACAGCAACAACCUCAGCCACAACAGCAGACAGAUUUUAUUCCUUUUGCAAAGGAUACCGAGUUUGUCGCUGGAUAUUCGCAGAAUCCUCAAACAACAUACUUCAAUGGUACGGCAACUGUUCCUCUCUACCAGAGCGUUGAUUACACGGAUCAACCGAAAACUCACCAGGAGCAGCAGGAUCACCAGUUUGCAUGGUCACCGACGAAAUUGCCGCAGCUCAUGGACCCGCAACACGGUUUUGUCUCUACCACUCUGCCAACAUUAGUGGGUGAUCUUGCCCUAGGUAACACAUAUCUAGAUAAGAGCAAACCUAAGCAGAAGGAGCGGAAGCAAGUGAGCUACGAUAACGUCGCCAAUUUCUUAUCCGUAAGUGAACUAGUGAAUCAUAAUAAACCGGAAGCAUCGCGUGUGACGGCGCGCAGACACAGCGGAAGUCGCGGUAAGAACCCCAAGAAGCGCUCAAACAGAUCGGAUAAAGCUAAGGCUAGUAAUCUGCACUUUGACAUUCCUGAUUGGUUGCCCGAGGCAAAGCGUUUGAAAAGCGUGCCUGCUCCGCCUCCGCCUUCUAGCAGUUACUCAGCGGAAGCGUUGAUUGGCCAGAACAAACAGAACUCUUACGUUGCUAAGACUUCCGCGUUGCCUGUACCGUUUUUGACGGACAUAUCCUAUUUUCCGGCAGAAAAUAACUUCGGUAACGACAACUACCAGAACUCGUUUCCAUCAAACUCGUAUUCCGGCUCAUUCAUACCCAAUUCCACGGCUUAUUUAUCCACCUCAAACUUCAUGCCGGAUAUUCCACCACCUCCGCCACCGACCUCUGAUUUCAUACCGGAAAACAUUUUCUCCAAACCAAUAUCGGACAGCAAACAACAGCAUAGACAGACAUCAACCAACACCACUAGUAAGAGCAACAACAAACUAUUCCUAAAUCCCAGAAAGUCGGCAGCCUCAGUCAGCAGGAAGAAACCUGUCCCAGAGACUAACAGUUUUGUGGACUUCAGUUUCCUACCCAUGCAGGGUUCCAUCAAUUCUCCUAUCUUACCAGACGACUUCCAUGCCAACUUCCUACCACCUAACCACAACCAGUUAUACUCUUGUAAAAACCCGUUGUAUCAAGUCGCCAAACAACCGGAUCUGGGUGGAUCCUUGCUUCCACCGCUUACAACUCAAGUCUCCAGAUCGAACAUACAGCAUCCAGAGAUUAGUCCUUCUCUGAAUACCGUGGGAACCUCCCUAACAAACUUCAAUCUGAGCACGAUCUUCCCCGAAAUUAAUAAGCCAAUGUCCGAUGUAUUCUUGGACCCAUCUAAGAAUUCGUCUCGCAACUAUCUCUCAUCCACCACAACUCAGCUUCCGCCAUCGAAGGGCCCAAUAUACAGUUCAAUUACAACACAAUCAUUUGUCAAUAGCUAGUUAAUGUUUAUAUGUACAUAUUUUAUACACAAGGACACAAAUCAAAAUGUUGCUGCAAGUUGUAGUAUGUAUAUAUAGUAAACAAAAGCUAUACAUUUAAAGAAAAGUAAAAUUUGU